UCCGUGGUAUUUUAUGAUCACAGAACGUGUUAGUGUAGCYUGUAGUUAAGACGUUAAACAAGUAGUAAAUACUAUUUACUAAGUACUAAUUUUUAUAGUGUUACAGGUAUUUCGUGUUAAUACCUAUUUAUUACUCAUAAUAUAGUUCUUAUGCCAUGGUAAAUUGCAAGUUGGGUAAUUGUGAAUAUCAAAAUAAUUUGUAGUGAAUUCUUCAUAUUUACCUAUGCAGUUAUUUAUAAUCUUGUCACUAUCCAAGUUUGAAACAGUAUACUGAUUUUAAAUUUCUACAAAUAAUCAUGGGUAAACCAAAAACCACUGUGUUAAAUGCCAAUCAUCCAAACAGUAGAAAGACAAAGCAAUUGAUUAAAUCUAAACACAAUUUAGAAGUGCCAAAUAUACUUGAAGCCAGUCAAUUACUGUAUUUGCGCACUUGGGAUGGUGACAUAAAGUAUUUACCAAAUUUCAAAAUAAUUCGCUUUCGUUGUUUAAAUUAAAUUAAAUCUACUUAUAAAAAAUA